AUGUACUUCCCUUUCAGGAGUGAAGAAGAACAGCAUAUUGUACUACAACUACAGUUGUUCGAAGAUCAUAAAGCCAAUGAUGAAGAACAGUUUCCGGGAAUGAAAGGUCUCGACUUGAAUUCAGCCCUUGACAUCUUCAAUGCCAUUUUCAAGCAGGUCAGUGACACGCCACUGGAGCUGUAUUUCUUAACCUGUUUGCAAGAUUUAUUGAAAAUCGACAAUAAAGAUCCCUCAGCCGAUAAAAUAUGGACAACAACCGAACAAUUAAUCAGCAAGUGCACUUUACUCGAAUCAGCGGAAGAUGCUCAAAAACUAAUAGUGACCACUUCCAGAAAAUUGGACAAACAGAGUGAUGGAAAGUGUUGUUGUUCGUGUCACAAAGAUUGUGGUGAACGAGGACUAAAUGGACCUAAGGUCCCGAGUGGAAACAAUAAAGACACUUCCGUGCCAGUUCCAGCUGUGCCUGCUCCUCCACCACCACCACCACCUCCUGGAGCUGGUCCCCCGCCUCCGCCACCACCUCCUGGAGCUGGUCCCCCGCCUCCGCCUCCACCUCCUGGAGCUGCUGGUGCACCUCCGCCUCCACCUGUUGGAGGAUUUGCAUCUCCAGCUGCAAGCAAAGCACUACCGCAACAAAUUACACCUAAACCCAAAGCUAAAAUGAGGAGUCUGCAAUGGCAAAAGAUUCCCAAUGUGAAAGUCAUUGGAAAAAUAAAUGUGUGGACAAUGGUAGGAAAAUUAUUCGGUAGUCAUAAAGUGGAUUAUUCUAAAAUGGAUGAUUUAUUCAGCGUGAAUCCAAUGCCGCAGACAACAAAUACUGACUCUAGCACACCCGGAACAGACAAAAAGAAGAAAGAAAACUCAGAGGUAGGAAAUGAUCUUAGUAUAUCGUUCAGUACACCAAAAGAUCUAUUAGACAUAUUAACACCUUCGUCCCAAAGUAAGGAAGCAAAGAGCUCCUUUGGCAUUGAAAGUGGUCGGAAAUGA